AUGGGUCAAGUACACACCACAGCCACAGCCGGAACCGGAGCGGAAACCUGGCAGACCGAGGUUCAGGGCCACCCGAUCACCGUGCACACGAACACCGUCCUCACGGACGACCACAGCAAUGGGAACGGCAACCCGACGAUUCACGUCACCGGGAACGUAAACGUGAACGUGAGCACAAACGGGAACGGGAACGGGAACGGAAACGUAAUCCAAGGCCCCAAGGUCCUUUGCUUCGACCUGCCUUCCAAUUUCACCGACCGGCGGGGGCUCGCGGCGCGCUUCCUGCAGCACGAGUGGCGCACGCAGCGGCAGAACCACCCCCACACCUACCCGCCGGAGAUGCUCUUCGCGGGCAUCGCGACGUGCCACCAGCACCAACGCGCGCGCUUCUUCUACGAGGCCUCGCCGGCCCACCACGGGCCCCCGCUGCUCUGGACGUCUCGAAACGGCCAGACCGAGUUCCCGGCCCCUUCGGCGGCGGAUCGGUUCACCUUCGUGCGGGACACCUUUGCGUUUAGGAUAGAUCUCCUCUCCAAGCAGAGGGGGCUGGGGGCGGAUGUGGCGGCCAGGUGGGACGACGGUGUCGGUCAAGACCUCUUCGACCUAGUGGAGAGGCUGGCAGAUCGGUUUCUGGGUUGA